CGGUGUAAACAACGCACGAAGGACGAAGACAUCAGAGUGCGACUCGACCUGGAGGAGAACGGAAACGAGGCGAGGGAAGUCGUCGUCAUGAAGAUUAUUGUUCUGUUGUGUCUCUCGACAAUUAGUUUUGUGAAUUCGAAGCCCAGUAAUAAUUUACCAUUCCACUCGUGCGAAACUCAGGCCUACCCACCGAAGCAAAGCGAUGCAGUUCCACGCUUCACCAUUGACCUGGAUCUCCCUCCGCGGGAAAGGUGGGCAGAACUAAUGGCAAAGAAGGGCCAUCAGGUGGUGGGGCUUAUAGAUGAUGUAAAGACUUUAAUGUUAUCACUCCUUGGAGAUAAAAUCUUCUACUUUAUCUAUGACAACUUACCAAAGGUUGCUGCCUCUCUGCCCCAUCCAUAUAAUGAAGAAAUUAUCGGAAUCUCAAAGGUCGCUGGACUGCCCCUUCCAGAAACGACUCUCUAUAACAUUUUCUAUGAGGUGUUCAGCUUCUGUACCUCAGUCAUCGUAGAAGAUAACACAGGCAGAUUGUACCAUGGCAGAAACCUGGAUUUUGGCUUACUUAUGGGGUGGGAUACAAAAAACCAUACAUGGCGUGUGUCUGAACUACUAAAACCCCUUGUCGUUCACCUGGAAUGGAAGAAAGGAGGAAAAACAGUAUAUGAAUCAAUAAACUAUGCUGGCUAUGUUGGAGUUCUCACUGCAGUCAAGAAGGAAAAAUUCACCUUCAGUUUAGACGAGAGAUUCGUAUUAAAUGGUGGUUAUAUGGGAUUUCUGGAGUGGAUCCUUUUCAAGGAUUAUUCACAAAAAUGGGUAUCAUUCUUGACACGAGAAGUAAUGGAAGAAGCCCAAAACUAUGAAGAAGCAAAGAAAAUGUUCUCACAUUCUCGUCUAAUUGCACCAGCAUACUUCAUCCUCGGUGGCUCAAAACCUAGAGAGGGCACCAUUAUUACACGAUGGCGAGACAACUUCCACACAGACGACCUCUUCUCAAAAAAAUCUGGCUCAGGAACAUGGUAUCUGGUAGAAACAAACUAUGACCAGUGGAAGUCACCUCCAUUUUACGAUGACAGGAGGACGCCUGCUGUCACCUGUUUGGAUAAGUCGGGACAGAAGAAUGCAUCUCUUGCACUUAUUUACAAUGUUCUUUCAACAAAACCUGUUUUCAAUAAGCUGACUACUUACACAAGUCUGAUGGAUGUGCAAGAAGGUUACAUAGGUGCAUGGCUCAGAUACUGUGAAGAUCCUUGCUGGCCAUGGUGAGCUAAGUUCUUUCGUGCCAAGUGAUUGAGGUUUCCAGUUUACACAAGAAACAUUGUUAUAUUCUCAAUUAGGGAAAUAUCAAUGUAGUAAUGGGCAUUGUGGAAACCAUGACUACCUAAAGAGAAGUCUGUUAUAUACAGCGACUUCCUUUUUUAUAAGUUUAUAUAUGUCAUGUAUUUAUAUUUUGUUUUCAACUUUGUAUAAUUUUUGUUAUGCAUGCUAUUCAUAGCUCUAUUGUGCUAGAGUUCCUGUCAUAUUCUGUAUAGAAAUCUGUUUGUAUAACAAUAUUGUUUAUACUGCAUAAAGAUACAUUUGAUGAUCUAUUUGAUAAAUUAAUUUCAUUUCAAUUAAUUUAAUUGAAAUUAUAAAAAAUGGCAUUCAUAUGAAUGAUUACAUUAUAUAAUGAUAAACAGUAUUGUUGAUUUAUUAUAUUAAGUUUCUUAUAUAUUUAUUUGUUUUUCAUGCUAAAUGAAAAGCUAAACAGAGAACAACACAAGCUGAUUUUUUUUCCCCCCAAUUACUUGAUCUGUGAUUUGCAACCAAGUACAGUACUGUAUUAACAGUAAUAUUACAAGUCAGUAUUUUUAUUUAUAAAUCCAUAUUUUAUUGACAUUGUUUUAGUAAAAACAUUUUGUGAAUCAAAUUUGCAUGACAUGUAUUUUAACUGUGUUAACACGUUUAAACACAAAUGCUUCUAGGGAAUCCACGAAGCAUCCAACAGGUUUUGACUUUUCUUUAUUGAAAGGAACUCUCUCAAGCAUGCAUAUGUAAUGCAUGUCUUUAAUUUUGCGCAUAAAUGAUUAUAUUAAUUUGUGGAACUUCCAAAUUAGUGAAGUAUUUGUAAACUUGUGAUUUGUCCCAGUGCAUAAGAUAAGUACAUCACCAGUGUAAAUUUGCAAUUUUUGUAUAUUGAAUACACAUCAACAUACACACAAAACUGAACAAGCGAACAGAGAUACACAGACAUAUAUAUUUAUCUCAACCAAAGAUUAUACUGUAUUUAUAUAAAUGUAUGUAAAUAUACAAUUCUGUUACAUAUGUGUACUAGAAUGUAUUUGUGCUUUCAAAGUGUGGUCUAACUACAGGGUAUUGGGCCACUUAUGUAUUAAUUUUGCCUGGCCUGCAAGCCCUUAUAUAUUAAUUCAUGGAUUCAUUUUUAAAGAAGUUUUUAUAAAAAGUACUGUACAUGUGUAUGAUGUAUGUGAAAAUUAAGUUACUAGAAUGACAUUGAAGUAGAUGAAGAUCAUGAUUAACAUAGGAGUACAGUACAGGCAUUAUUUGUUUAUGAAUAUUUGUAAUCAUAGCCUAAUGGAAUUCAUGCUAAAGUGGCUACUAGGGUUGAAGUUGAACCACACUGUGUGAACAUUUGUAAUAUAGAUGUAUUCAUGUGUGAUUAUUUUUUAAUAUUUUGAAUGUAUUUGGUAAAUAAUAUAAAACAAGUGAAUAUAUUUUUGAAAAUAUGAAUGAAUUGUUGAUUAUUUAACAUUAGGUAUUCAGUAUAUAGUAUCUUUGAUUCCAGUCUCCUAAAAGUAGAAGAAAAUAUGAACAAGGAAGAGUAAAUCCACAAUGCAAGAUGAGUAAUCGACAUUUCCUUAUUGUCGGAAAUACAUGUAAUAUGAAAAUGUUUAUCUUACAUUUUGUAUAUGGAAAUCAUUCACUCACAUUUAUACCUGCUUCUAUGGCACAGUUCUCUCUCUCUUCUUCAUAACAUGAUAAUGUGAGCAGAUGUCACAGUAAGAUUCAGAUGAUCUGAGCCAUUAAUUAUACACUUCCAACAAA